AUGGCGCCAACUGCGGGCACUGCGCUCAGAGUGAUUGGAUACAAUCCCAUGUGGGCGAGCGGAUUGAGAACGCAGGAGAUUUUACAUCACACGACGAACUACGACGCGGUGCUGCUCUGUGGUACACAGACGGUGUGCCGCAAGGCCGAGGGCGUUCUGCGGAGUCGAGUGGCAGGCCGCACGAUAUUGGAAGCGGUUCACCAACCUGGGCCACUUACGACUGCGGCGACGGGCUGUGCGGUGAUCCUGAGAGCUGGCUACAAUGAUCGACACAUACGACAGACGUGGUUCCCCCCUCGGCAGCUGGCGGGCAGGGGCUUGGCAGUGCGCAUCCAGAAGGGCGCGAUCGACAUAACCUACGGUGUAUUGUAUUACCCGCCCCAACCACGCUCGCACCAGGAGAAUGGAGUUUAUCACGAGACGGUGAAGGCACUCACACGCUGGUGGCGAUCGGUGUUGAUGGCUCUUCCGUGUCGCACCCUGCCGCUGUUCUAUUCGGAUGUUAACGGCGGCAUCGGAGCGCAGGUGAAGGCUGGAGUCUGGACUGAGCCUCCGUGCGGGGCGCUCGGACCCACUCGCUCUCGUGAACGACGACGUAACGGAGCUGGGGAAUCUGUGCGACACCUAUUGGUUGAGCAGAAGUUGAUUUCGGCGACCUCCUACAGCUCCUUUGCGCACACGUACUGGUCUUCUGGCAACCCGUCUACGGGCAGUAUGAUUGACUAUUGGUUUCUCCCUCGGGGGUGGCUUGAGCGCCUUCGACGCAGUCACAUCGUGCGCGACUUGGGCGACACGCUCCAGCCGAUCAGAGGCAUUCCUCCUCGGGAUCAUAUCCCCGUCCUGCUCGAACUCAGCUACGAGAAGGACGCGGGGGCAUUGCCACCCGCGCCGCCGCCGCGGCUUAGCGGAGAUGCGAUGACGGCGGCCAUCCUGAGGGGCGAGAAGAAGCCAGAGUUUUCACGAGAAGUUACACAACAGCUGAGUGAUAAUGAAGAGCAUCUGCGAUCUCUGGCCGACCAGAAUUCGCCCGACGCCCUUUGGGAGGCGCUGGAGACCAUCAUGACGACGGCGGGCAUUUCAUGCAGCCACCCCGCGCACCUCGACCUGAAGAUUGUGCGGAGCGCCGACGGCUACUGGAAGCACGCGCUGCACUUCGACGAUCACGAGCAGAUGUGGCAGCAGCCGCACGAGGGGCAGGACCGCAGGGGCCAGGCGCCCCGCGGCGGCCUCAAGAUGUCGCAGCUGGAGGAGAUGUUUGACUCCAGCGCGUUCCUCGAGAAAGUGCCGGCAAUUGCACGCGACCAGGCUGGGUGCCGCAUGCUGCAGCACAAGCUCGAGAAGGCCGCGGCCGAGGGCAACUCGGAGGUCGUCAACCGGAUCUUCAACGAGGUGCUCACGAACUGCGUCGACCUCAUGAUGGAUCCCUUCGGGAACUACCUCUGCCAGAAGCUGAUGGAGAUAUGUAGUUAUAGGCAGCUCGAGCUCCUCAUGGAGAAGUCCUGCGCGCAUCUGGUCCGCAUCUCCCUGAACUUGCACGGCGCCCGCGUUGUCCAGAAGCUGAUCGACGCCGUGAGCAAGACCCCCCACGCGCCGCGCCUCGUGGCGAUGUUGCAGGGCGCGGUGGUGCAGAUGUCGCAGGACCCUAACGGCAACCACGUCGUGAACAAGUGCCUCGAGGCGCUCCCCGCGGAGUGUCACUCCUUCGUCUUCCAGGCGGUGGCCGCCAGCGUCGUCGACGUUGCUUCUCACCGGCACGGGUGCAGGAUCGUGCAGCGUUGCAUCGACUCCGCGAGGGGCGCGGAGCGGCGCAUGCUGAUCGGUGCCAUCACGCGCGAGGCCCUGACACUCGUUCAGGACCCUUUCGGGAACUACGUGGUGCAGCACACCAUGCAGCUGAACGACAUGCAGGCGACCUCCGACAUCUGCAGAAAUCUGCUGGGCCGCCUGAACGUGCUCUCCCGGCAGAAGUUCAGCUCCAACGUGGUGGAGGCCUGCCUGCGGACGUGCAGGCCGGAGGACCGGGAGAGGAUGAUCGCGGAGUUGGCGGAUUCCCGUGGCCUCGGC